GAAAUAAUCACACAAAUGCUUUAGAACUAGGAAAGGAAGAUACCAAAACCUUCCCUACCAAUUAGAACUAAGAACCUCUUCAUGUUAUUUCCUCGUUUCUUUCCCAAACUGCCUCAUCCCAAAACUCAUAACUUACUCCCAUCAUAAAAACUGGCAAAAUACCCAGAAACCACUCUUGCCCUAUGUUACCAGUAUUAGAUUUAGUCCUCAAUGCCGAGAAAACUAAUCCAUGGUCCACAGAGAGGCACACACCCUUUGGUUUGGCUUGCAGCCAUCAUCUGUACCAUCAUCUCCAUUGCUGUGAUCAUUGCGGGCAUCGUGGUUUUCGUGGGCUACAUGGUCAUCCACCCCAGGGUACCCUUUAUCAAGGUCACCACAGCACACCUUGACAAGUUCGAAAGCGACGCGACGAGCCUGCUAGACACUGCAAUCACCAUUGUUGUGAGGGCUGAGAACGACAACACCAAGGCGCAUGCAAGCUUCUCGGACACGAGCUUCACUCUCAGCUUCCAAGGGAUGAACAUAGCAAAGUUGGUGGCGUACCCUUUUGAGGUGAGGAAGAAUAGUUCUGUGGAUUUUAACUAUGUGGUGGAGUCCUCGUCCAUACCAUUGAGUUCUGAGCAGGUGGAUCAAGUGGACAAUUCUUUGAAGAGAGAUAGAAUCAGUUUCGAUUUGAAGGGGAAUGUUAGAGCAAGGUGGAGAGUAUGGCUACUUGGAUCAAUUAAGUUCUGGGGUCAUUUGAACUGUCGACUUAACUUUCAUGCAUUCAAUGGGAGCUACAUAUACUCACCUUGUAGCUCCAGGGCUAAGUAAUUAAUUUGUUCAUCAUUUAGUCAUUUUUAUUAUGAUAUUCUUAAACAACUUUCACUUAAUUUAUGUACACAAGUGAGAUUGAGGUCGA